GAGCAAAACACAACAAAGAAUCAGUCGGUUGCAACAACUCGUUGUGAACAGGCGUCUAUCAAGAUAUUGAUUAUUCCCAUUACUGAAUAUUUAAUUGUUACAAUAUAUCUAUUAGCAUUCGUGCAUUUUCAAAUAAAGUUAAAGAGGAAUAUCUGUAACAAUGUUUUCUACAAGGAAGAGUGUAGACAAGUUUUUCCAAGCUUACAAGAAUGAACUUCGUCGUCAAAUAAGCAAAACAACUAGUGUUACUAACUCAGAUUCUAUGGCACCAAGAUUGGAUCAGACUAAUAAGGCUACCAACGAAGAAGCAGGACAGAAACGUUUGCUGAAGUUGCAGAAAUAUCACAGAUACCUGUCCACCCUCACGUCUCAGCAAAUGCCACUGGCCGCCCGUGGACUGGCGGUGUCCAAAGACCAGUCCCGGGAAUUCAUGGCUUGCUUUCCGGACAUCGUGAGGGAGCUCACUGAAACUGGCAAGCAUAUUGACGUGCCGGAAGCCAGCAAGUGGUUGGCUAAGCUUCUUCAAUACAAUGUACCAAACGGUAAGAAGAACCGCGGGCUGGCGACUGUCUUAGCCUACAAGAUGCUGGAGAAACCUGAUAGAUUGACCCCAGAAAAUAUCCACCUAGCUAACAUCAUGGGAUGGUGUACGGAAAUGUUCCACACACACCAACUCCUGCUGAACGACAUAAUGUCUGGUACUGAGAUGCGCCGCGGCGUCCCGUGUUGGUAUCGUCAAACAAACGUCGGUAUGGCCGCCAUCAACGACUCGUCAUUAGUACAGUCGGCGAUGUACUCGACGCUGAAAAGAAACUUCAUCAACAAACCAUAUUAUAAGAACGUACUGGAAAUGUUCAACGAGAUGCUGUUGAAAUGUUCAAUCGGUAAUUACUUGGAGAAGCAAAUAAUGAAGACGGAUAAGCCGGACCUAAGCUUAUUCACAAUGGAAAAAUAUGAAGCUAUCACUAAAUACAAAACGUCAUACUACACCUUCCAAAUGCCGGUCGGCUUAGCGCUACUGAUGGCGGGAGUCGACGAUCCGGAGACACACAGACAAGCAAAAACUAUUCUACUAGAAAUGGGAGAAUUCUUCCAAAUUCAAGACGACUUCCUAGAUUGUUUCGGCGAGCCGUCAGUUAUAGGUAAAAAUGGUACAGAUAUUCAAGACGGCAAAUGCACCUGGUUAGCUGUGGUGGCGUUACAGAGGGCGACACCGGCGCAGAAGCAGUUAAUGGAAGAUCACUACGGCAGUUCGAAUAUAGAAGACGUUCAGAAGAUAAAGGAUCUAUACGAGGAACUACAACUGCCUCACACUUACUCAGUAUACGAAGAAGCCACGUACGACCUCCUCAGAACACAGAUACAACAAGUCACUAGAGGGCUACCUCACGAUUUGUUUUUCAAAAUUCUCGAUAAUAUCUUUAGGCAGAGCAUUUGAAUUUAAAUUUUAUUAGUUAUAAUUUAGAGCUUAAGUUACUAAAUUGGUUACCUGAAUGUCUGGAUAACACAAUUCACUGUCAUUUCUAAUCAUGAAGUAAAUGUUAUGUCAAAAAAAAUAAUACUCCAUUAUUGUUUGAAAGUGACAGAUCAGGUUUAUGAACUAAGAUAAUUUAUAAUUUUAUUUAUAAGAAUUACUUUAAAUCUAGAUACAUAUAUUCCUAUAAUGAGAUCUAAGAUUUUCGCGAGUUUUAUUCAUUUAAAUGAAACUAAUAUUUUUCGGAUAAACUACGCGGAUUUUAUUAUUUAAAAAACUACAUGUCUCGUCUGUGAAUGCAGACAUUCACAUCUCGUCUGCCCGUGAUCACGGUUGCUGAAAAGUAACCGAAACGUCGGGAUUAUGUAGUUUUUUAAAUAAUAAAAAUCCGCGUAGUUUAUCCGAAAAAUAUUAGUGUCAUUUAAAUACAUAUAUUCCUUUAUAGUGAUAAAUUAUAAAAGAAAAAAAAACAAGUUAUAUUUCAUUUAUUCUCAUAGUCGUCCAUAUUUAUAAUUAUUUUGUUAAGUGAUUGACUAACAUCUCAAAUAUAUUCCCCGACUGCUGGAUGUGAUCUAAUCGAACUAGUGUUGUGCUAAAAAAAAUAAAUGUGAUUUUCAUAUCGA